GGUUGUUUUGUGGAAAAUAUUCUGAUAUUUUGAGGGCCCAUCUCUAGCUGCGGGUCAUAAAACUCCAGUAAUCUGCUCGACUACGUGAACCACCCAAUCCGACGAUUAGAUUGCUUAAGAAAUGGCCAGCGCACGGAACAUUUUGUUGCUCUCCUCGUCGCGUUUGCACGGCUAUGGAUAUUUGGAGCACGCCCGCGGCCAACUGGAGGAUCUCUUCAAGGGAGCCAAUGUGAAAACGGUGCUCUUUGUGCCGUACGCUCUGCGGGAUCACGACAAGUACACUGCCACCGUGCGGGAUGCCCUGCAACCCUGGGGAUACAAUGUGGAGGGUUUGCACACGAAAACGGAUCGGGAAAAGGCUUUGAAGGAGGCACAGGCCAUCUUCGUGGGCGGCGGCAACACCUUCGUCCUGCUGCGCACCCUCUACGAGAUGCAGUUGCUCGACCCGAUUCGGGAACUGGUGCUCCAACGUGGACUGCCCUAUGUGGGCAGCAGUGCGGGCACGAAUGUGGCCACCAGAUCCAUCCACACCACCAACGACAUGCCGGUGGCCUAUCCGCCGAGCUUCGAGGCCCUGGCCCUCGUCCCCUUCAACAUCAAUCCGCACUAUCUGGAGCCGGAGCUGGGCAGCCAGCACAAGGGCGAGACGCGGGACGAGCGGAUCGAGGAGUUUGUGGCCUACCACGGACUGCCCGUGCUGGGUCUGCGCGAGGGCACCAGUGUCCGUGUCCAGGGCGAGAAGGCCACGCUCCUGGGCGAUCGCCAUGCCAAGCUCUUCAAGCCUGAUGGCAAAGCUGAGGAGCUAGCCCCCCAAGCGGAUCUGAGUUUCUUGCUGCUGAAAUGAGUAUUCACCACGAACCACUUCAAACGAUUGAGUUAAAGAAAACAUCUAAAUUUAUUGUACAUAUGCACAUACAUAAUUUGUAUUAUUCUGCAAUAACAAUUCCUAUACAUAAAUAGUA